UGUGCGCACAGCAUUCAGGUGUUGCACUACGGCCAAUGUCAAGUAGUUCGCAAAUAUCAAAUAUGGCUUCAGCACUUACGUUUGGGAUUACGGAUCAUGUUGUCUUCGUGCUUAUGCUGUGCGCCUCGCUGGCCAUUGGCGUCUACUUUGGGUUCUUCUCCAAGGCCAAAAACACCACCGAGGAGUAUCUGCGGGGCAGCAAGAAGAUGCAAACACUGCCCAUAGCCAUUUCAUUGGUGGCCAGUCAACUCUCUGGCAUUGCCAUCAUGUCCGUGCCAGCCGAGACAUAUACGUUCGGCAUCAACUACGUUUUUAUGGUGUUGUCCAUGGUGGUUGUUGUGCCCGUGCUGAUCUAUGUUGUAGUGCCAGUCUUCUAUGAGAACAAUGUCUCCAAUUGUUAUGAGUACCUGGAAAUGCGUUUCGGCAAGCUCAUGCGACAGGUGAUAACAGCAACGUUUUUGCUAAACGCGUGCCUCAUGCUGCCCGUGUAUAUGUUCAUACCCUCUCUGGCAUUUUCGCAAGUGACCGGCAUAAAUAUUCAUCUGAUCAAUAUCAUGGUCUGCUCGAUAUGCGUUGUCUACACCAUGUUGGGCGGCAUCAAGGCCGUUGUCUGGACAGAUGUGGUGCAGGGCGCCAUCAUGCUGAUCUCGGUGCUAUUGGUCGGAGUGCUGGGCACCAUGCAAGCAGGAGGACUUAGCUCGGUGCUUGAGAGCGCCAACAAUGGAGGACGACUGAACGUUGACUACAGGUUGGAUCCUCGCAUACGCAUGACAGUCUGGAAUUGCUUCACGGGAGGCUUCUUUAUGUGGUUGGGUCACAUUGGCUUCAAUCAGAGCUGCGUGCAGCGCAUUGUAGCUUUACCCUCGUAUGCGCAUGCCAAAGUAUCUCUCAUAAUUGCGGGAUUUGGAAUUGUAAUAAUCAUGUCCAUGAUGAGCUUCACUGGAAUCAUUAUGUUUGCACGCUAUUCCGGAUGUGACCCCAUGCUCGCUGGCCUGGUCAGCAAACCAGACAAAAUGAUGCCCUUCUUCAUUCAGGACAUAAUGGGUAAGCUGCCGGGCAUGCCCGGCAUUUUCAUCUCGUGCGUCUUCAGCGCUGCGCUGAGCACGCUCUCUGCGAAUCUCAACUCGCUCGCUGGCGUCGUUUACUUUGAUUACAUUAAGCCAUUCAUACGGCACACGGAGGCUCGAGCCAAUGCCACGAUGAAGGUGGUCAUUGUCAUCAUAGGCAUUUACUGUGUCUUUGGGGGCCUCUUGGUGCAGAACUUUAACUCCAUAAUACAGACUGUGCUGAGCAUCACGGGCAUCAGCACGGGAGCCGUGAGCGCUGCGUUCCUCUUGGGCAUGUUCUGUCCGCGAGUGAGCAGCAAGGCAGCCAUAUCGGGCAUUAUAUUUAGCAUCGCUUUCAUGGUAGUCAUCAUUAUAAAGUCCCAGAUGCACUUCAAGGCCGGCAUCAUCAAGUACGAUAUCCUGCCCAAUAGCCUGGACCAAUGCGAGGCCAAGAAUUUGCAUACGAUUCUAAAUGCAAUCCACAGCAACAACAACACAACCCCAGUGACUGUGAUUGAGAAACCAACUGUGCCACCUUUGGUGACAGGCGCCUUUGGCAGCAAUCGUGACUUUUCCAUAUUCGAUAUAUCCUUUUACCUGUACAAGUUCCUGGGUCUGAUCCUCACGUUCCUCAUCGCCGUGCCCAUGAGCUACAUUUGUAAGCAGGACAAACCCGAAUCGCUAAAUCCAAAGCUGUUCACGCCCUUCAUAAGGAAAUUCCUACCUCGGAAUCUUGUGCUGGAAUUGGAGGAGUUGCCACUCAAGGGGGUCAAGGAGUUGCCACUAAAGGACGACUCGGAGUCAAAUUUGAAAAAUAGUGUUAAAUUUGAUGCCCAAUUUCGAGAUUAGCAUUUGUACUAAAU